UGGGUUUCCUGGUUCACGGUGAAACUGACUCUUCUCCUUCCCAGCUUUGACUGCAGAGAUGCUCCAGACGGCAACAUCACACACCGACUGCGGCGAAUACCACAUCAUCGUUGGGGCUCUGAGCAGCGUCUUUGACCACAUGACUUCGCUGAGACAGCAGGAGCUCGCCCCUGUCCUGUUGGGCUACCUGAAGCAGAGACGCGCCUCGGGCUCGACUUGCGGGUCCGACACCAGCAGCCUCAGUGCUUGGCUUGAGGAGAGCUUCGGCAAAUUCUCCAUCUACGUGGAUUACAAAGACCUGCGCGAGAUCAACACGGGCUUCGACAGCUUUGAGGCACUGGACCUUCUCAGCACUUCUCAGGUCGCUCAACUGACGCUAGGGUCUGGAGCGCUGAACAGCGCGGCUCUGAUUAACAUGGUCUUUGAGCGUCUGGAGAACGGCAACUCUUUCCAGAAUGCUGAAGAGUUCUUUGUGGCUCUCACCCAGACCUCGCAGGAUUUGGACAUCAACCCUGUGGUGAGGGACAUCAUGAUGAAUCGAACCUUCGCCAUCAUCAGCCUUCACUUCGCCGACUUUGCGACCGACGACUGGGUUUCCUGGUUCACGGUGAAACUGACUCUUCUCCUUCCCAGCUUGACGGCAGAGAUGCUCCAGACGGCAACAUCACACACCGACUGCGGCGAAUACCACAUCAUCGUUGGGGCUCUGAGCAGCGUCUUUGACCACAUGACUUCGCUGAGACAGCAGGAGCUCGCCCCUGUCCUGUUGGGCUACCUGAAGCAGAGACGCGCCUCGGGCUCGACCUGUGGGUCCGACACCAGCAGCCUCAGUGCUUGGCUUGAGGAGAGCUUUGGCAAAUUCUCCAUCUACGUGGAUUACAAAGACCUGCGCGAGAUCAACACGGACCUGCGUGACCUCAACACAGGCUUCGACAGCUUCGAGUCUUUGGACCUUCUGAGCGCUUCUCAAGUUGCUCAGCUGACACUACACUCCGGAGCGCUGAACAACGCGCACCUGAUGGAAAUGGUCUUUGACCGCCUGGAGGGCGGCAACUCCUUCCAGGAUGUUGAAGAGUUCUUGGAGGCUCUCAGCAGGUCCUCACAGGAUUUGGACAUCAAUCCUGUGGUUAGGGACAUCAUGAUGAAUCGAACCUUCACCAUCAUCAGUCUUCAUUUUGCCGACUUCCUGAGCUACGACUGGGUUUCCUGGUUCACGGUGAAACUGGUUCCUCUCCUCCCCAGCUUGACUGCAGAGAUGCUCCAGACAGUAACAGCAAACACAGACUGCAACGCAUACCACGUCAUAUGA